AUCACCUCAUCUGUUUGAUAUAUUAAUCAGUUAAUUCUUAUCACAUGAGUUGCAGAUUUAUAAGUGUUAUUGAUUUAAUUUAGUCAUGGCCACCUACAAACUGAGCUAUUUCGACGUCCCGGGAGUAGCAGAGCCUAUUCGUUUUUUGUUUCACUAUGGAGGAAUUCAAUUUGAAGACAAUCGUAUAAACAAAUUGAACUGGUCAGAUCUUAAACAAACGUUUCCGUUUGGACAGGUUCCAGUCCUCGAACACAACGGAAAAGUAAUAAAUCAAAGUCGGGCGAUUUCUAGAUAUGUUGCAAAACUAGUAAAUUUAACGGGAAAUGACGAUUGGGAAAAUCUCGAAAUUGAUUCUAUUGUCGAUACGUUUGAGGAUUUGAGAGAUCAUUUUAGAAAGUACACCUUUGAGACCAAUCCCGAAAAAAAGAUGGAACUCAAGAAGAAGCUGGAUGAUGAAAUUUUACCUUUUUAUUUGACCCGCAUAGAAGAACAGAUUAAAAACAAUGGUGGUUUUUUGGUGGGAGGUCAUUUGACAUGGGCAGAUCUGUUUGUUGUUGCCCAUAUAGAUAGUUUCAUCCAAAAGUAUGAACAAGAUGUCACUAUAGGUAGACCAAAUUUGAAAAAAUUGAAGGAACAUGUUUUAUCAUUAGACAAUAUAAAAGAAUAUAUUUCACAACGACCAAAAUUUUAAAAAAUAUAGUAAUUAAAUAAAUAUUUCAUUUGC